AUGAUAAUGAUGAAAGUAAUUAAUAACGUACUGUCGUUGUAGGCUUGAUACAAGCUUUUUGUAAAUUUUCGGUAGAAAUCACGCAUACCUACCUAUAAUAUAAUACACCUACAAGACAGUGCAAUUGCUUAAUUACAUAGUCAAAAAUGAAACGUCGUACGUAAAACUUUUGAAACUUUACAUCUCUACGCGCGCUCACGAAAUAUUUCCAGCAGGUGUCUCUCGCUAUGACAAGAUAAGCCAAUCAGACACUUUGUUGAUGCCGGCCGGUCAUUUUUUGUAAUCCGUAAAUCCGUAAGACGUCAAACUGUGACUGUGAUACGUAAUCAGCGAUACACGUUUAUUUUUAAAUUAAUAUUAACCUCGAUACGUAACCGAUAAAUUUAAAUUGGUCUGCUUUAAUUUCAUACAAAAAUUUCAAAUAUGCGAGAAAAAAUCGGAAAAUAAUAACAAUAACUGAGCAUCGGGUGCGAUGUACGAUCAAGUUGACAAAAAACCAAAAAUCCUCAUACGUAUGUCGUCUAUGGUGUUCUAAUGUAUUUCAAAAACAUGGUAAAUUAACCUGGAACGAUAACGGUCAUCUUCAGGGUUGGCAACACUGCCAGCGCGGCAAACCAACAUCAUGCAAGAGGAAGGUCAAAACAAGUGAAACAAUAGCGAAAAUUUUGAAUCGACGACCGUUACACGGUUGGAACUGGCCGCGGAAUUAACGAGACAAGUCGCAUGGAAUCAGAGUGUCGGUUAAACUAGGAAAACAUUAUGUGGGAUGAGAACAACGGGCAAUAUCAACUCGCUGACGGGGAUUGGGAGAUUUUUGCGGAAAAAUUGGAGUGCUAUCUGCUGUCGAAGAACAUAACGGACGAUGAAGUUAAAGUUGCAAUCCUGGUUACGCGGCUAGGAAAAGACGCACACGCGUUGCUCAGGAAGCUUGUCGCUCCUGCAAAAAUCACACAUAAAAAAUACGACGAGCUGAUUGAAAUUAUGACCAACCAACUACGCUGCAUGCCGUCAGAAGUAAGGGAACGCUACGACUUUCACGCACUUAGACAAGAACCGGAAGAAACAAUAGGCCAGUUCGUUACCAAGUUGAAAAACUAUGCGUCCUACUGCAAUUUCGAAAAUGUUAACAACGCUUUGAGAGAUCAGUUCGUGUGGGGAGUGAACGACGAAGAGAUACGUGUUGCAUUGUUUGAAACAACAGAACUGACCUUUGAAAAGGCCGUAGAAGUAGCAGUGGUGCAAGAAACAGUCGGUACAGAGAUGGAUAUGUCCCUUUCUACGCAAAAUCAAGAUAUAAUGGAAGACAGGGGAAUGCCAGAAGCGACUUUCCGUUACACGGUGAGGAAUUUUUCCAAGUUGGAUUGCGAGCGGCUAUCGCCAACUUUCUAUGUACGCAAUCUUCCGUGGAAUAUUUUGGUAAAGCCUUGUACUAACCGGACAAGAGAUCACGAAUCGAGGAAGUCCCUCGGCUUCUUUUUGGAAUGCAACAGGGAAAACGAUUCGUUCACAUGGAGUUGCUACGCGUCAAUAGAGUUCAGGCUCCUCCCCCACAAGAAAAAUCAGAAACCUCUUACCGGAAGAACUGAACACUUAUUCUGCAGAAUGGAUUAUGACUGGGGAUAUCGUGAUUUUAUGUAUUGGGAAGAUCUGCUUGACAAAGAACAAGGCUACAUUAAGAAUGACUCUAUCGUGCUCGAAGUCUAUGUGGUAGCAGGUGAGCCGCACGAUGUUAUGGACUAGUACAGUAAGAAACAUACGGAACAUGUCCGUCUCAAAAAUCAAGGGACAACGGUUGUUACGUCAAGUCACUCUUAGGAACUCUUACCGCAUCCAACAAAAUCUCUAUGUGUGCGUAUGUAUGUAUUCAACUAUCAAUGCAUAUCGCGGGAAAAAUUCUGAAUCACUUUCUGUAAUAUCCUAAAAAUAUUAUAAUAAUGAUGAUGAUAAUAAUAAUAAUAAGAAGAAGAAUAGUAGUAGCCAUAAUCGUGAAACGUUUGAACUAAAGACGUCUAGAUUGUAUUUUAUUAAUGACAUUUCCUAGGGAAGUUACCUCUUUUUUUCAGCUAGUGCAUGUUGACACAGAUCUUAUUAUCAUCAUCUUUUUACCUUUAAACCGGACGCUGAAAGUAGUUAUUAUAAUAUGCAACUAUUUAUGAUUGGGCACACUCAAUUGUUAAACUGCAAGCAUCGUGUUAUACACACACACACAUCCAUUAUACGCUCGUAUAUGCAUUAUAUGUCAUCGUCAUCGACAUCAUCAUUAGUAUUACAAAUUUAACCAUAUAAUCCAAAUCGAUCCUUACUGGAAUAAAAUAUAAGUACAUAUAGUUAUGAAUAUAAAAUAACAAGGUUGCCAGUAUCAGCAUUUAUUCUCUCCCACUGUUAAUGUAUUUUUUCAUUUAUAUAUGUAAUAUUUAUUGUUUAAUAUCCUCAUAUUGUUAUAACAUAUUGUUUAAUACAUUUUUUUUAAAUAUAAUAGAUUUUGUUCGUCAUUAUAAAUUACGCUGUACGGCACUGUUUUAAUUCUUAACUCGUCAUCAUUUUCAUUCGGAUCGACGAAGAGUUUUUACGUUAGAAUUCGUUUUUUCUAUUUUUUUGUUCAACAUCGCUUGAGAAGAAUUUACCUACAUUAUAUAUGCAAACUGCUGUAUACAUUUUUUUUAUUUGACAACUAACAAACUUCUUCUAUCCUUAUACUUCAUUAAAAACCCAAAAGAGUCUGGAAUUUUUCCAAUGAUUUUUCCCGGAAACUCUUGGUACAGUCCUGGAAUCUAAACUCUCGAUUGCAGCAGACAUCCUGAAUUUGUAGAAAAAAAAAAUGUAUUACAUCGAUGAAGAAAUUGAAUACAAAAAAUUUAUAAAGCCAAUCUGAGAUAUCGUCGUAGAAUCUUGAUCGAGAUGUCACGGAAUGCCCCAUAUACACAUUAUUUCGUCUAAUCCGUGUUUAUUUCGCUCGAGUUUCUAAAUCGUUUAUUUAUAAAAAAAAUGCAUUUCCCAGAUCACCCGAAUACCUAGUAUGUUAUUGUAAAGCAUUAUUUCGAUGGACAAUUUUUUCAAACAGCGUUACAUGUUAUUCAAGAAUGUAACUUGCAACGAUAAUCACGCAAAAGACAAAAGACAAAAACCACGCGACUUGUAUUAUUCAACAUUUAUUAUUCACAUUAUUGGCGUACAGUAAUGAUGCAAUAUUCAUAUAUCUAUACAUUUAAUAACUUCUUUUUCUUUCUUUUUUUUUUUUUUUUUUUUUUUAAUCGUAAUAGUUAGAUUAGGUACACUUUGACUGAACGACGCUUCGCAACUACUUAUAGAUUAUCGUUUCUAUUUUUUAAACGUUCUUAUAUAUUUUUCACGCUGACUAUUUCCUCUUUACUUCAUUUCAUAUUCAAGAGCACUUGUUUAAGACGGCAUAAGUUUGGUUUUACAUAUUUAUAUUCAAUAAUUUUAUUCGCUCAUGGUAUUUAUUUAGUCAUCUCUUUGUGCUAUAGUCGAUGAGAGAAGUAGAAAGAAGGAACAAAACAAAUAACGGCCAUUCUGCUCAGCUUGAAAAUAUCUAAAACUCGUGAAUUCUUUUUUCCGUUCAUUUCGUUCCUUGGAUUGUCUAACAAGUACGCGUAUAAAUAUGUAUAUAUAUAUAGAAUUAUAUAUAUAUAUAUACGUAUAAUUAAUGUCAUGAAUAACAACUGAUGCCACGCGAUUCACCAUCGGUAUGAAAUCCCAUUAGCAAUGAGCGAAAUAACGCGAUAAUUAGUUUAUUUUUUCAACCUACAUGUUCAAUAUGCGCUGCGUGCGAAUAAUUAUCAGGGAGUGGUUUGACAAUAAUAGUAAUAAAAAUAAUAACAAUAACAACAACAAUAACAACAUAUCCUCAUUGCACGCUGAAUAGAAACUUUUUACAAAUUGACGAUAGGAAUUACGCAAUACCUAUAAUAUAAUAAUACACCUACUUUUGCUCAUUAUAUAGCUUUAGUCAAAAAUACGCGGAGAUUACAUUACAAGCUUUAAAGUGUAAAUACAGUAAAUAUAUAUAUAUAUAUAUAUAUAUAUAUAUGUAUAUUAUUUUAGUAUAAUUGUCAUCAUCAUCAUUGUUAUUGUUAUUACUAUUAUUAUUAUUAAAUUAUAUCGAUAUUAUACUUGAGUAAAUUAAUAAUUAUCGACGCGUACCUCGAUAAAAUUCUGAACGACUUCCCGAAAUAUCCUUAAAAUACAAUAAUAAUAAUAACAAUAACAGUAGCAAUAAUAAAAAAAAAAAGAUAUUAUCGAAGUACAUAUUUUAAUGAUUACAUUUCGAAGGCAAGUUGACUCUUUUUUCAGCUACAUUAUCAUCUCCUCCUCACCCUUAAACCGUAUGGUGAACGUCGUUAUCCCAUCGCGGAGGGUUUUACAACGUUGUAAAAGCCGCUUCCGAAAUUGUUCUUAGAUACUCGCGAUUAGUUCCCCCGUUCACGGGUAAACUUUCUUAGGAAUUCCCUUACGGUUGCGAGAGCAUGGUCUAACGAUGAUUUAUAAUUCGAGCGUCGAGGCAAUUUAUCUUGUACGUUAUCGAAAUAUUAUACUAUGUAUUACUUCUAUUACGUGUAUAUCGUAAGCCCGCGCUACGUCCUUUAUCAUACAGUGUAUAUGUUAAUUUUAACGCAACGUAUAUACAUACGUAUAAUAUUGUAAAUCGAAAGCAGUUUAAUUUUAUCUCGUUUUGUCAUUUUUCUAAUUUCAUUAAAUUUGGUCUCAAAUAUAAUCGACUAAAGCAUAAAACACGCCGACAGUAUUUCAAUUAUGUAAUAACGCAAUGAUAACAAUAAUAGUAUAAGUACGUGUCGUAGUAUAUAAUUCUUACGUUACGUCCUAAGGCCCCGUUAUAUAUAUAGAUUUAUAGGUAUAUGUAUACGACCGCCGACGUACAUAAUAUAAGGUACUUACGAGAUUUAUACUCUAACAAUUAUAAUUAUUUUACAAUAUGUAUACGUAGCAAUAAUCAACAAAUAGAACACCUGAACGUUGAGUAUAGGUAUAUGAUAAUACAAUAAUUAUACAAUAAUAUAAUAAUGCUUGUACGUAAUGCGCAGAGACGCGCGUCACUGAUCGAGAAAAUUCGCUUAGAAGACGUAUAUAAAUGACUUUUUUUUUUUCCAUCUCUCCACGCUGCCUAGAUUAUUUUCAUUAUUAUUAUAUUACCAUUUGGAAGGAAUUGCAUCAGUUUAUUUCACUAUCAUAUUGUAGUAGUAGUAAUAAUAAUAAUAAUAAUAACAAUAAUAAUAAUAAUAAUUUGUAAUUGUGCACGCUUAAUUGUUACUUUGUGAGCAUCGCGUCAUCUGUAAUUCGUAUGUAUCUCUGGAUUGUAUAUCAUCGUCAUGGUCAUCGUUAUUAUU